AAGAUGAAAGAAAUGAUCAUGAACCAGGAGAAACUCGCCAAACUGCAGGCACAAGUGCGCAUUGGUGGGAAAGGAACUGCUCAUAGAAAGAAGGUGAACAUGUUUACAAACCAAGGAACAGUGAUCCAUUUUAACAACCCUAAAGUUCAGGCAUCUCCGGCAGAAAACACCUUCACCAUUAAAGGCCACACUGAGACAAAGCAGCUGACAGAAAUGGUUCCCAGCAUCCUCAACCAGCUCGGUGCAGACAGUCUGACUAGUUUAAGGAGACUGUCUGAAGCUCUGCCCAAACAAUCUGUGGAUGGAAAAGCACCACUUGCUACUGGAGAGGAUGAUGAUGAUGAAGUUCCAGAUCUGGUGGAGAAUUUUGACGAGGCUUCUAGGAAUGAGGCAAACUGAAUUGAAGCAACUUCUGAAGAAGGUGAUACUUGCAGAAAUUACAGGAGCUGCUAUUUUAUA